AUGACCGCUGUGCUACCGGCUCCGAUGGAAAGCCGUUCGUCCUUCUCCUCAGACCCUGUGCGGCUGCCCAUUCCGCAAAGAUAUUUCCUGGAGAAUCCCGAGGAUGCGAUGAACAAAACCAUCCCUCCUACUUAUCCGUCCGACUACCCAAGUCCUAUUGCAUCCUCCGCAGCUUCUUCCACGCCUCCAUCUCCGAACCUCCCACCAAACGCCUUCCAAAAUCUCCCGCCUACUCCCACAAGCUCAAUAUCAUUCCCAGAACCUGAUGAUCAAGACGACUUGUUGCUGCCAUCCUACGACAGUGCAUUCUUCGAUGAGGAGCCAGAUACUCCUACUGAGCCUGUUAUCGAGCCACCCGUGCAAUCGCCAGUAGACUCGCAUCGUCCGGGCUCACGAAUUCCGGCCGCCGAUGAUAGUUCGCUAGAGGAAGAGCCAUCGAGACAUGUCGACUACCUCUCACAUGAAUGGAAGGAGGAGGACAUCUGGACAUCAUGGCGUCACAUCGUUGCUCGCAGAGGUGUAUAUGAGAACAGCCUGAGACUGGAGAAUGCCUCAUGGCGAACUUGGGCAAAGCUAAAAGGGAAUAUCGGCACAAUCUCUCCAGAGGCGCUCAAUUGGCUCAAAGAUUGCGACGUAACCUGGUUGUACGGUCCGCUUAUAGCCUCUCAUACACGGGAGGUCUCAAAUAUCUCUCCUCCACCGAGCUGUUCCGAAUCGCCUCUUUGCCAUGACCGAAAGUCCAUUCUCAAGAAGCGGACUGCGUCUGAGGCUAUCCUGCAACGCUCGCUCUCCCAGCACACUCUCUUACAGCACGCCGGGGCUAUCCUAAAGGCACAAGAGGCAGAGCAUGCUCGAAGUCGCCCAGGAUUCAAUGCACAACUGGCAGCGUUUGAGAAGAUUACGAGCCAGUCAUUCGCACGGGGGUUUGACACCCCUCGCGCUCGAUUCGCUUCCACCACUUCGCCUUCUGGUGCUGCCUCCCCGAGCGAUAAGCGGCACAUUCACUUCAAUAAAGAAGUCUUACAGUGUAUUGCCGUGGAGGCAAAAGAGGAGGAAGAGGAAGAGUGGUUAGAGUUUGGGGGCGACUCGUGCUGGGAUGAUUCUGUAAUGGUGAAACCUACGUCCCCCAGUGGAAGUUCGACGCCACGAGGGGGCUCCAACGGUGAAAACAAGACAAUUGCUCCCCUCCCUCCGACGACGCUCAAAUACCGCUCCGAUACACCCGAGCCUCAGCCUUCCUCGAUUGCCAGUCGUUGGUCCUGGGCAAAGUAUUUUUCUGGACCCAGGUCUUCCCUGGUGGAAGCUCUGCGACAAUCCCAAUGGUCUUCGGGCAGUACCCCAGCUGCAGAAACUCUUGCAUCCGACAGUGACUGGAACCUGCCGCAAGAUGAGAACUCUUCAAACCGUUCCUGGUUUGUGGAUCCUGCGGAGGAAGACGAGGCCGCCCAGAAUUUCUAUCUUGCGUCUCUGGGAUUAUUAUCUAAUGAAGACGGAACUCCGUCCAAUGCCGAUGUUCUCUUUGACAGAAUGGUGGAUACUGUCAACACCGCAAGGGAUAUCGCACAUGUUAUUUGGAACGUUGGCUGGCGGGGAUGA